GGAGCGAACCAAUUCUCGAGCAGUUGGAACCGUUCAGAAACAGACUUGGCAAUCAGAGUAGCGACGUCAAAGCCCAGGAAUAUUAUCUGAGUGUGGGGGCGACUGCUGUGGGCCGCUGGGGUUACGCGUUGCUGUCGCCUCCCCCCUCGAGCUCCGUAAUGGUCCGCGCCCUGAGGGCGCGCGAGGCUUGAAGGGCCGACCCGGGAACUGGGUGAGGGAGGUGGCUGUGGCGUCUCUGGCGGGGGUCGGGUGGCGAUGGAUGCCGAACGGGCAGAGGUGCGAGCCUUGGAGGCGGAGAUUGCAGCUCUGCAGCGCGCUUGCGAACAGCUGCCUGCGCCCUGGGAAGACGGGUCCCGAGUCCGAAAAUCAUUUCAAGAGAUACACCAUGCAGAUUCUGCAGGGUGGGAAUCUUCAAAAGCCCCAAGAAGUCAUCUUAGACAUUUAGAAGCAGAGCUUUCAUUUCUAAGUAUGCUUACUGGCUUCAAUAUAACACAUUACUCCAAGAAGACAGAAGAUCCGACGAGCGCUGAGAUGACAGAAGAAAGUAUAAAGAAAGUUCUCCAGAGACACAGAUUGUCAGGAAGUUGCCAUGUAGUUAUGUUUCAACUUGAAUUUCAGAUUCUGGAAAUACAGAAUAAAGAGAAUUUGUCUUCUGUCAUUACUGACCUCAGCAUAGUAAUGGAGCCCACAGAAUACUCAGAAUUAAAUGAAUUUGUGUCCAGCUUUCCUCUGGCAUGCCCUUCUGCCAUGGUGCUUCUGACUUGCAAUAGCCCCAAAGAAAUGGAACCAGCUGACCAUGGACUAAAACCUUUGAAACCAGCAGAAGAAAGAAGAGAUUUAUUCAUGUUUUUCCGAGGCCUACAUUUUUUUGUGGAAUGGUAUGAAUAUCGUAAGCGUACAUUUAAACAUUUCAAGGACAAGUACCCAGACGUAGUGCACCUCCCAGAGGGGCCCUGUUCCCGCUGCAUGGGGAUCCACAGUGCCAGCUGCCCAGGGUUUGAAUUGAUGAUUGUUUGGAGGAUUCAAAUAGAUGAAGAAGGGAAGGUUUCACCACUGCUGGAUCUUCUUACCAAAAUUCCUCAGCGAGCCCUGGAGCUGGACAAGAACAGAGUCAUUGAAACUGCUCCUCUGUGCUUCCGGACCCUGCUAAGAGUGCUUGGAAUCGAGGCUGCUGUUGAAAGCCUGAUAAGAUUGCUCCAGACAGGGAAUGCUUAGUUCCCAAAGGGCGGACAGGAGGAAUAAGACGUGUGCCAAACACCCUGUGACUCAGUGAGCACGAACGUUUGCUCUUUGCCACGUAGAAGCCACACCCUCAAAAGACGCCACCUGUGUAGCUAUUUAACGUGCGAUAAAAUUGACAAAAUGUCAGUGAUGACAAGUAUACUUUUGUUUCGUUUUUAGUAAAUUUAACAUUUGGGAAAAUGUACUAAGUGUGGCUGUCGGCCCCUGGACAGGUACAGAAGAGCUGGACCACCCCCUCGCCCCCACACAGUCACCCUGAUGACAGCCACACAGGCCAGCUUGGAGGGACCACCUGCCUGGCUCCCGCACCAGACCUCUUGGAGGUAGGCGCCUGUGGAGCUCCAUUUCUUCAGCAUUCCUUGGACCAGAGGUGCCACACCUGCCUCCUGCCUCCUGGUCUGCACAGCAGCAUGUCGGCGUGUCCUGACAUCCCUCCUCCUCCACAGAGGAAGUCAGCCUGCUGCUUUCAAAAGGCCUCAACGAACUGAGUGUGCAGGGGCCUGUUACAACAUUCUAGGACCAGUGAGAGUCCUCACAUCACAGGCGCACAGAGCAGCAGGUCUGUGGGGACCAGGACUGUGUGUGUUGGGGGUGGGGGGGUCCUUUCUCUCUCCUCCCCACAACCCAGGCUCCGGGCAGAGCUGACGCAGGUGAGGCCCCUGAGUCCCAGGCUGGAACAGCAAACCACCCAGGGUCAAAACAAUGCUGAGUCCAUUCCCUUCCUCCUGGAGAGUACGAGCUUCACACACGUUAGGUGGAGCCUCCAAAGUCCCUAGUGCCAAAACACACCACAUAAACAGGCAAACAGGAUGUCCAAACGCCUACAUUUUGGGUAUUUGUUUUGGUGUAGUGCCUGUUAUUGAACCCAGACAGCGCUAAGCUACAUCCCUAGCCCCUUUCGUUAUUCUGAGAAGUAGUCUUGUUAAACUGCCCAGGCUGAGCUCAAACUUACGAUUCUCCUGCCUCAGCCUCCCACGUUGCUAGGAUGACGGUGUUAGGAUGACAGGCACCACCACACCUGGUUGAAUAAGUAUCUUUUUGUAUCUCUGAAUAUAGAAUAAAGUUAGAAAUAUCAAGACAAUUCAAAAUAAAUUCUAGAAGAGUUAUCUUGAUUCAAUCAAACAAGUAUAAUUUUCAAGUUAUCUAUCACAAAAUUUCCCACAAAAAUUUACAAUCAGCAAAAUA